GCCAUUUACGCGUCGCGUCGGCGCGUUCUUCUUUGACAGAAUUGAUUGUCGUCCAGCAGAAAUCGAGAAUAACGGGCUUGACAGGAGCAACCAGCAGACCAGACCCUGCCCCGGACUUUUGAAAAACUAUGACCGCCCAGACGACCAGCACCCCAAACGAGCCCAUCGUCCCUACCUCGCCGCCAGCUAAGCGUAUCAAGACGGACGACGGCGCCAACUCGGCUAGCGAAACCAUCAUGGACUCGUCCGACGCCGCCAAGCAGCAGCAACAGCAGGAGCUGCAGCCCCCUCCGCUGCUGAUCAAGAAGCUCUCGGACAAGGCGCGCCUCCCGACCCGCGGCAGCGCCUUCGCGGCGGGCUACGACCUGUACGCCGCGCGGCCCACGACCAUCCCGGCGCGCGGCAAGGUGCUGGUCGACACCGACCUGAGCAUGUCUCUCCCCGCGGGGACUUACGGCCGCAUCGCCCCGCGCUCCGGCCUGGCCGCCAAGCACUCCAUCGACACGGGCGCGGGCGUCAUCGACGCCGACUACCGCGGCCACGUCAAGGUGCUGCUGUUCAACCACGGCGAGACCGACUACGAGGUGCAAGAGGGCGACCGCAUCGCGCAGCUCAUCGUCGAGCGCAUCUACACGCCCGCGGUGGUCGAGGUGCAGGAGCUCGAGGAGAGCGUGCGGGGCGUCAAUGGGUUCGGGAGCACGGGGAAGAACUAGGCGAACGUCGAGUCCGCCUUUUUUUUUUUUCGUAACCUUUUUUUUUUUUCGCAUGGCAUGCCGGGUAUGAUGAUAUAGGGCCUCGGAAGAAUUGAAACAGGUUUCGUUGUAUUUUGUUGGAAGAAAUGGGCAAAUCGGACGGUUUCGGCAUCCGAUCAAGGCGUGAAAGAAAAGACAGAUAGAUAGAUCUAAGUUGGUCCAUCCAGGUUGGAGCGACG